AUUGCCAGUCUGAGGCGUGAUUGAUGCUUGUGGUCUCUUUUCUCGUCUCGCAGGGUCUCGCCAUGUACACCCUGCUUUCGGGGCUGUAUAAAUAUAUGUUCCAGAAGGAGGAAUAUUGCAUCCUGAUUCUGGGCCUGGACAAUGCCGGGAAGACGACCUUUUUGGAACAAACUAAAAUCCGAUUCAGUCGGAACUACAAGGGGAUGAAUCUCUCCAAGAUCACGACCACGGUGGGGCUGAACAUCGGCACCAUUGCCGUGGGGAAGGUCCAGCUGAUGUUCUGGGAUCUCGGUGGCCAGGAGGAGCUGCAGUCGCUGUGGGACAAGUAUUAUGCUGAGUCGCACGGAGUGAUUUACGUCAUCGAUUCUACAGAUGAGACGCGUCUCUCGGAAUCAAAGAGAGCUUUCGAGAGAAUGAUCACCAGCGAGGCUCUGGAAGGCGUCCCUAUUCUGGUUUUGGCAAACAAGCAAGACGUGGAGGGCUGCCUCUCCAUCCCAGACAUCAAGACGGCGUUCAGUGACUGCAUCAGCAAGAUUGGGAAGAGAGACUGUUUGACGCAGGCCUGCUCCGCGUUGUCUGGGAGUGGGAUCAACGAAGGGGUGGAGUGGAUGGUAAAAUGUGUGAUGAGGAACAUACAUCGCCCGCCACGACAGAAGGAUAUCACAUAAGAGUCAGGGGCUCCCAAAGUGCGGUUCUAGAGCCCUGGAGAUACAGGGAUCCCUGUGUUGAGAGAUAACAGACUAUAAAUCCAUGCAUUAGUUCCACAUCAUCCUGUCCGGCCGCAGAUGCCGGCGGGGUAUAGAAAGCUGUUUGUGAUAUCUGAUGUGCGUUCUGGUUCCCCACAUUCCUCACGAGCUCCAGGUUCUAGGUUCUGUUCGUCGUAUCAUCGCACAGUUUGGGAGACCCAGUGGCCGGUCCUCCCCCCGGACCUGGAUCACUGAGGAAUCGGAGGAAACGUUCUCGGUUCUGGGGUGGAGAACGCUGCCCUUAACUCGCUGUGUGUGUUUAUUUGUAAUGUUCUAGAUUCAGGGACCAAAUUGCAGCUUUCCGGACGGGCAGAUUGCGGGACUUUAACCUCAAACUGUAUUUCCCUUUUUAGGGGAAAGGAACGAUCCUUCGCUGUGUUCCAGGAUUAGACGUGAAAUCGUUUCUGUGCCGUAUUGUUUAAAUAAAGGGAUGAAUAAGGA